UAUUGUCACAAACAUUAUAUUUGUGUUGUUAGACCUGAACUGAAUGUUUUUGUCAGUAAAAAAUGAAGAGUUUGGGGGGAACUGUCCUCGGCCUUUGUUUAUUAUGGCUCUUAUAAAUAGAGAUGUUGACCGUGUCAGCUGUUUGUGAGGCUGGGGGGCUGCUCGGAGGAUGACUCCGGGGUCGCUCUGACCACACAGACGCGCAGUCUUCGCCCGUCUGUCGAGUCCACUUCGCAUUUUCAGCGACGCCCCCAAAUUCCGUGCAGAGUGUUUGCAGACCCUCCGGGACGGAGAGGUGGAGGAGGAAUCGGCAGCACCGCGGUCCGUACAGGCUCACAGUCGGCUCGCCUUUCGGUCCAUGACUUCACCGCAGGUCUGACAGGAGAGGCCGGGCCGCGUUUGGAAGCUCUCCAGGACUCUGAGGCUGCUGCAGAGAAUGGGAAUAGGGACACAGGCCAAGGCUUGCCAUUUUGGCUGAAGUAUCAGCAGGACAGUUGUCAGCCCCGCAUCAGCCUCAAUCCCCUUCUCCCACGCACACAAGCACACAAGGACAGACCGCUUCCCAGCCUCUGCUAUGUCCACUGCGGUAGACAUGGCCGGCCCUUCCUCCCCAGACCAGGCCCACAGCAGCGCCAAAAUCCCCAACGAGCCUCUGAGACCGAGCCUGAAGCGCUCCAGCCACCCCUACAGCCUCUCCCAUUACAUCCCCACCCCUUCUCCUGCCGUGGACGUGAAGGGCCUGAUCCAGCCGUCCCCGGCCCAGCAGCGCGCCGCCCAGCCGGGCCCCACCAAGCCCCGCCGAGCCCCCUCCUGGCCCGACAUGUGGGAGUCGCCCAGCGGGCUGCACCUGGCCCACGCCGCGGAGCUGCUGAUGCGCGCCGGGCUGCUGGCGCUCACCCCCACCACCACGGAGCAGGCCAGCCUGGGCGCGCAGAGCAGCCAGCCGGCCCAGAGGGAGGCCGCCGAGGCCAAGGGCGGGAAGGGGGACGGCGAGGGCGGUGGGUCGGGGCCCGAGGAGGAAGAGGAGGACUCCUCCGGCUGCAGCUCCGACUUCCAGCCCUUCCUGGGAGCUUGGUUCCCCUUCAGCCCCGCUCUGUUCCCGCUGGCAGGCUUUCAGAUGGGGGGAGGCCACUGGAGGAGCGCGGCCGUGGGGGCCGAGGGCAUGGAGGGGCUGGUGGCCGAGGGCUACUCCCCCGGCUCCCUGGGCGGGGGCAGCGGCGGGCGCAGGAAGAGGAAGCGGUGCGGCGAGUGCGUGCCGUGCCGCCGCCAGACGAACUGCGAACAGUGCAGCAGCUGCCGCAACCGCAAGCGUGGACACCAGAUCUGUAAAUACAGGAAGUGCGAGGAGCUGAAGAGGAAGCCCGGGGGCCCCGGCUUCGACAGCAGAGUGUCCGGGUUUGAUCUGAGGGGGUCCGACUUUACUUUGGGCCUGGCACAGGAGAGGAGCAACGGGGCCUUGGAUGGAUAGUAUCUGAUGGGUCGGCAACAGGUUGUCUGAUUGUUCGGGGAGCUGUAGUUCUAACAAACACACACAGGACAACAUGUCAACAAGCUCAGACUGAGGCAACAAAGACCUCCAGAAUCUGGUGUUUUAGCGAGGAGCUGCAGCUCCGUCUAAGAAUGUCCACACUCGUUUUCAUCCUUUCUUUUGACAAUCAGAGAAUCGGAGAGGAGAGAGAGAGAGAGAGAGAGAGAAAAGAAGGAUACCAAUGCGUGUCAAUAUUUAGAUGACGACAAAAAUGCUGUAAAUAAACUGUAAAUAUCUGGAAAACAUAUGUCUUUUUUACAUUGCUUUCCAGUUUGGAUGUAUUGUGCUUCAAACAAACAAACAAACCAACAAAAAAAGGAGUCAAAAUGUUUCUGUUUCUAACGAGGAGUUCUGCUUCUGUUGUUCUGACGUCACUGCAUCAGUAAGAAAUGAAUGAGUUCAGCCUCGGCUAAAUUAUUUCAUGUGCAACUUGUACUGUAUAGCUCUGUUUGCCCUUUUCAAAUAAAAGAAAUUCGCCUUGUGCA